AUGGCCGAAAGGAUGCCCAGCUGUGGGAUCGUGUACGACACCUCCUUGCUCCUGCAGUUCUGCAAUGAUGAUAACUUGUCAGGCAUCAGCGGGAUGGAGGUAGACGAUCGUAUCUCCUACCUGGAGCAGCGUCUGCAGCUGCAAGAAGAUGAGAUCCAGGUGCUGAAGGCCGCCCUGGCGGAUGUCCUUCGACGCCUGAGCACCUGUGAGGAGAAUGGACUCAGCCUGCAGAAGAGGGGACCCAGCAAAGUUUACCAGCUGCUGCGGGGGCUGCCCUCCAGACCCACCUUGAGUAACGGGAUCAUCCCACAGCGGAGAGGCUACUCCACUUCCCCGUCGUCCCCCAAGAGAGAACUGCUUCCUGGGAAAAGCGGGCGUAGCUGUCCCUCUCCGGAACGCCCAGCCUCGCUCAAGCGCGAGAGUUUCAAGGACCAGAGGAGCCGCACCACUUCCUCAAGCAGCUCCUGCAGUGGGAAACGCGAAGGAUCCGCCUCCCGAGAGCGAAGGCAGACGCAGAUCAGAGCGUCCACCAUGAAGAAGGCUGCGGGGAGCAGCAGCCCCAGCAAACCUAAGGAAUCCACCUUCAGUGCUGAGGAUGGUUACGUGAAGAUGUACCUGCGGGGGCGCCCCAUCCCCAUGUUUGUCCCUGAUGCCGUCGUUGCCACCUACAGCCUGGAUGCGAAGCUGGAUCUGCCCCAUAAGAAGCUGAAGUUGGACUGGGUCUAUGGGUAUCGGGGACGUGACUGCCGGGCGAACCUUUUCCUGCUGCCCACGGGGGAAAUUGUGUAUUUCGUGGCUGCGGUGGCUGUCCUCUACAACGUGGAGGAACAGCGGCAGCGCCAUUACCUCGGCCACAACGAUGACAUCAAGUGCCUGGCUGUGCAUCCUGACAUGGUAACCAUAGCAACUGGACAGGUGGCCGGGACUUCCAAAGAUGGCAAGCCGCUGCCUCCCCAUGUACGGGUCUGGGAUUCUGUGAGCCUGAACACACUUCACGUCCUGGGACCAGGGCCCUUUGACCGAGCCGUGACUUGUGUGGGAUUCUCCAAGUCUAAUGGGGGCGGACUCCUGUGUGCUGUGGAUGACUCCAAUGACCACGUCCUGUCCGUGUGGGAUUGGCAAAAGGAGCAGAAGCUUGCUGAUGUGAAGUGCUCCAACGAGUCUGUGCUGGCUGCCACCUUCCACCCCACAGAGCCGACGCUACUCAUUACCUGCGGAAAAUCCCACAUCCAUUUCUGGACGCUGGAGGGAGGCAGCCUCAGCAAGAGACAGGGCAUUUUUGAGAAACACGAGAAGCCGAAGUAUGUCCUGUGCAUCGCUUUCACAGAGAACGGAGACACGGUGACUGGUGACUCUGGGGGGAACCUCUACAUCUGGGGGAAAGGGGGGAACCGGAUUUGCCAUGCUGUGCCGGGAGCCCACGAAGGUGGCAUUUUUGGUUUGUGCGUGUUGCGGAACGGGACCAUCGUCACGGGAGGUGGCAGAGACCGGAGAGUCGUUCUCUGGGGACGGGAUUACCAGAAGUUGCAGGAGAACGAGGUGCCUGAGGGCUUUGGGCCGGUGCGUACCGUUGCUGAAGGGAAGGGUGACUCCCUCUUUGUGGGCACGACCCGUAACUCGGUGCUUCACGGAUCCUUGGCUACUGGCUUUUCCCUGCUGGUGCAGGGACACACAGAAGAACUCUGGGGCCUGGCCACCCACCCUACCUUGGAGCAGUUCUUGACCUGUGGGCAAGACAAGCAAGUUCACCUCUGGAGUGUGGCCACUCACCAGCCCCUGUGGAGCAAGGGAAUUGAGGAUGCUGCUCGCUCAGCCGGCUUCCACCCCAGCGGCUCGGUGCUGGUGGUGGGCACCGUAACCGGCAGGUGGCUGGUGCUGGACACUGAGACCCGGGAUCUGGUGACCAUCCACACGGAUGGAGGGGAGCCCAUUUCUGUCGUCAGCUUUUCCCCAGAUGGCAAAUACCUGGCCUUGGGCUCCCAUGAUAACUUUGUCUACGUCUACCUGGUUUCCGAAGGCGGCAGAAAGUACGGGCGUGUCGGGAAGUGCUCAGGUCACUCCAGUUUCAUCACCCACCUGGACUGGGCCUUUGACAGCAGUUGUUUGGUCACCAAUUCUGGUGAUUAUGAAAUCCUCUACUGGGACCCAUCCACCUGCCGGCAAAUCACCAGCGCUGAGGCUGUGCGCAACAUGGACUGGGCCACUGCCACCUGCGUGCUGGGCUUCGGGGUCUUUGGGAUCUGGCCGGAAGGUGCGGAUGGCACUGACAUCAACGCCGUCUGCCGCUCCCACGAUGGGAAACUCCUGGCGUCUGCCGACGACUUUGGCAAAGUGCACUUGUUCUCCUACCCUUGCUGCCAGCCACGGGCCCCCAGCCACACCUACAACGGCCACAGCAGCCACGUCACCAACAUUGCCUUCCUCCAUGACGACAGCUUGCUGCUCUCCACUGGUGGGACUGACACCAGCAUCCUCCAGUGGCGCCUCGUCUAGGAGUGGGGCGGGGGAUAGCAAAGGGGCAGUGACC